AUCAUAUUGGUUAGGUUAAAUUACAAUUUUAGCUAUUAACUAAAACUAAUAACUAUACUUGGAUUUAACAAAAACCCAAAUCAUACUUGAAAAACCUAAAAACUGAUAAUAUUCUUCCCUAGUGGUGACUGACUGGUGACGGAUCCCAUCAUCUGUUCUUUACAUAAUAAUCAUUCCUCUUCAAAUCUCACUGUAGAUCCAUCAUCUUCUUCAUCAAAAACCUAGGGUUUAUACUCUCUACUUUCGAUCUGCUCGAUCUGUGAUAUUAUCCGCUUCGAUCUGUCGUUAUCGAUUAUUCGAUAUUUAGAUCCAAAUGGAUGCGAUUGAAGAACUGAAUCAGCUUGCGGACUCGAUGCGGCAAGCUGCGGCUCUGCUUAACGAUGAAGAUGUUGACGAAAACUCAUCGGCUUCUUCGAGACGCAGUUCUACAUUUCUUAAUGUUGUUGCGCUUGGAAAUACUAGUGCAGGAAAAUCAGCAGUUUUGAACAGUUUGAUAGGUCAUCCUGCGCUGCCAACUGGUGAAGGUGGUGCGACCCGUGCACCUAUAUGCAUCGACUUAAAGAGGGAUGAUAACUUAAGCGCCAAAUCAAUUGUGCUGCAGAUUGAUAGUAAAUCCCAACCUGUGUCAGCAAGUGCUCUCCGUCACUCAUUACAAGAUAGGCUUAGUAAAAUUUCAAGCAAGAGUCGCGAUGAAAUAUAUCUGAAGCUUAAAACAAGUACAUCUCCUCCAUUGAAAUUGAUUGAUCUGCCUGGAGUUGAUAAGGGUAACCUUGAUGACUCUUUGAGUGAGUAUGCUCAACACAAUGAUGCGAUUCUACUGGUUGUAAUACCUGCUGCUCAGGCACCUGAAGUUGCUUCUGCAAAAGCUGUCAGAAUUGCUAAGGAAUAUGAUGGAGAAUCAACAAGAACCAUUGGUGUCAUCAGUAAAAUAGAUCAAGCGUCUUCAGAUCCCAAAGUUCUUGCUGCUGUUCAGGCACUUCUUUUGGGUCAAGGACCAAGGAGCACAGCCGAUUUCCCAUGGGUUGCCUUAAUUGGUCAAUCAGUAUCUAUUGCUUCAGCACAAUCUGGAAGUGUUGGGUCCGAUAAUUCAUUAGAAACCGCCUGGCGGGCUGAAAGUGAGAGUUUAAAAUCUAUAUUGACCGGGGUCCCUCAGAGCAAGCUUGGUAGAUUAUCAUUGGUGGAAACCCUUGCUCAUCAAAUCCGUAGCCGGAUGAAAAUUAGGCUUCCAAGUCUUUUAUCAGGGCUUCAAGGUAAGUCCCAAAUCGUGCAAGAUGAGUUGGUAAGGCUAGGGGAAUCAAUGGUCACCAGCUCAGAAGGUACAAGAGCUUUGGCUUUGGAGCUUUGUCGUGAAUUUGAGGACAGAUUUCUUCAACACAUUAUGACUGGGGAGGGUAGUGGCUGGAAAGUUGUUGCAAGUUUUGAGGGUAACUUUCCUAACAGGAUCAAACAGCUUCCUCUUGACAGACAUUUUGACCUACAGAACGUCAAAAGGAUUGUUCUAGAAGCAGAUGGUUAUCAGCCUUACCUUAUAUCCCCAGAGAAAGGAUUGCGGUCCUUAAUAAAAGGUGUAUUAGAGCUGGCAAAAGAGCCAUCACGUCUCUGUGUUGAUGAGGUUCAUCGUGUACUUGCUGAUAUAGUUUCAGCUUCAGCUAAUGCUACACCAGGACUUGGUAGAUAUCCUCCAUUCAAGAGAGAGGUGGUGGCAAUUGCCACCGCUGCUUUGGAAGGGUUUAAGAGUGAUGCGAAGACCAUGGUGACUGCACUUGUUGACAUGGAGCGGGUGUUUGUUCCACCACAACAUUUUAUCCGUUUGGUGCAAAGAAGGAUGGAUAGGCAGAGACGAGAGGAAGAGAUUAAAACCAAAUCUUCCAAGAAGGCUGUUGAUGCAGAACAAUCUUUGCUAAACAGGGCAGCUAGUCCUCAAACAGGUGGGAACUUGAAAUCGAUGAAGGAUACCAAGCAAGAUAAGGAUGCACAAGAGGAAUCCACUCUAAAGACUGCAGGACCCGAGGGGGAGAUUACAGCAGGAUUCUUGUUGAAGAAAAGUGCAAAAACAAAUGGGUGGAGUAGGAGAUGGUUCGUUUUAAAUGAGAAAACUGGGAAGCUUGGAUACACUAAAAAACAAGAAGAGAGAAAUUUCCGCGGUGUCAUCACUUUGGAGGAAUGUGCGCUAGAAGAAAUUGAAGAGGAUGAACCAUCCCCAUCCAAAAGUUCAAAAGAUAAAAAGUCAAAGGUAGAGGAAAAACAGCCUAGUCUGCUCUUUAAAAUAACCAGCAAGGUUGCAUACAAGACCGUGUUGAAAGCUCAUAGCGCUGUUGUGUUAAAGGCUGAGAGUGCGGUAGAUAAAGCUGAGUGGUUAAACAAAAUAAGAGCUGUGAUGGGUGCCAAAGGGGGUGAAGUCAAACUAAAGCCCGAUGGGCCACCCAUUCGACACACUCAUUCUGAUGGUUCUCUUGAUACAAUGGCUAGAAAACCAGUAGAUCCAGAGGAAGAACUUCGUUGGAUGGCGCAAGAAGUACGUGGUUACGUUGAAGCAGUUCUCAACAGCCUUGCUGCCAAUGUCCCAAAGGCAGUUGUUCUUUGUCAAGUAGAAAAGGCUAAAGAAGACAUGCUGAAUAAACUCUACAGUUCUGUAAGUUCCCAAAGUACGGCAAGGAUAGAGGAACUACUUCAAGAAGAUGGUAAUGUGAAGAGAAAAAGAGAGAAGAUACAGAAGCAAUCCUCCCUGCUCUCCAAACUCACCAGACAACUCAGCAUUCAUGAUAAUCGAGCAGCUGCUGCUACAGGCAUGUCAAACGACAGUCCUGCAGAAAGUCCAAGAAGUGGUGGAUCAUCAGGAGGUGAUUGGAGAUCUGCUUUUGAUUCUGCUGCCAACGGGCCCACAAGCCUCGACUCUAGAUUUGGAUCCAACGGUUACGGGCGCAGGAACAAUGGGCCUUCUGAGAAUGGUGAUGAUGGGUCGGGAUCCAGAUCAAACUCCACCGGCCGACGCACACCUAACCGGUUGCCGCCAGCACCGCCUGGUUCUGGUUCAGGUUACAGGUUUUAGAGAUAGUUAAAGGAAAAAAACUGGAACUGAUUUAUGCAUUCUUGUUGGGAUGGGUGUAUGGCCCGCAUCCCUGAUCUUCAUACCGGCUCUUGAAAUGAUGUUAUGCCAUGUUUCGAACACAUUUAUUGUAGAUAGAAAUGAAUCUGGUGCAAAAAUUGUGGUGUUUUUGUUUUCUUAAAAGUUUUGGACCACGAGAACCUAAGAUUCAGUGAUGCUAAAUAAUUGGCUUGGUUGUGUGCCUGACAUUGUUUUACGACUUUUACCUUAUGACCAUCAUAAGGCAAUCCACUUUUUUUGCUUCA